AUGGCGGCUGCUCCCGCGUGGAGAGAUGCCAGCGCAUCGCAGCUCUACACGGCUGGUGUGGUGGGCGUCGGUGCGCUUUUCCUGCUGCUUUCUGGAGCAAAUCUAGCCACUGCGAUACUCCAGACAAAAGCGCCUACUUCGUCUUUUGACGAGAAGAAGCUUUCGGAUCGAAGAACAAGUGCGAAGUCGCGCGAUCCGACUGCCUCCGAUUCACGGACCAAGCAUGGCAAGACGACUGACGAGAGCACCGUCCAGGUCACCUACCCCAUCACCGUCGAGAUGUGCGACACGUCUUUUCACUCGGGAGCUUCUUUGGCGAAUCGAAGCUCGCUCGACUCACCUGACGAUAUCCUAGAUUCUUUGCCCAAAAUCCGGGCAGGUGCGCUCUUCAAGCUCAUCGAUGUAGUCGCCGGCGUGUCAGCGCGCAAGCAUGCCGAGCUCAGCUGUGUCACUGUCAGCGUCGACUCGGUACUCCUCCUUGCUCCCAUCUACCUCGGCGACCUCGUUCAUCUGUCAGCCUCUGUCAAUCGUGCGUGGGGUAGCAGCCUCGAAGUCGGCGUUCGCGUCGUCAAGGAGGACCCUCGCACUGGUUCGCGCGAGUACGUCAGCCACGCAUACAUGACCUUUGUCGCCAUCUCUGGUGCGCCUGCCAGAGCUGAAGGCUCCACAUCACAGCCUCCUGCUCGCGUUCGACUCGCUUCUCGUCCGAGCCUCGCCCCCACCUCGGUGUGGCAGCAGCUCACAUCGCUUCUCACCGCAUCCAGUCAGACACAGCCUCCCAAACCACAGCUUCUGCCACUCUUGCCAAGAACGCCGCUUGAAGCCAGAAGACAUAUUCUCGCUGGACGUCGACGUGCCAAGCGCAUCGCAAUGGCCAAGAAGGGAGAAGCCAGGGACGGUGUACCCACAGAAGUCAAGAAGCGACUCAAGGAGGAAGUGCAGGAGAUCUCGCGCACGGGAGGCAAGUGGAGGGGUCCAGCGGAAACUGAUAUGGGCGCCUGGACACCGGGCAGGCUCCAGAUCCAACAGGCUGAUCUGCUCUCCUCUUCGGUGGGCACCGAUGUAUCCUCAAAUUCAGGCACCAAGACCUCGCAAGAGUGUCAACUCGAAGCGCUUGAACUGGAAUUUGUGGUGCAAGCCUAUGUAUCCAGAGACCCUGCUGUCACUGUCAAGCACGACGAAGGCCUAGUCGAGAUCAAUUUGGCCGGCGACAUCCCGCUCAGGCAUCCGCUCAAGGUGGUCGAGAGGCUGGCAAAACGGCUUAAGGAGGCGGAGGAGCAGCAGCAACCGGCCGAGGCGUCGUCCUUUCCGUCCACGUCGCUCUUUGCAGCGCAGAUCCCACAGUCAGGCUCAGUACCGCUACCUUCGCCGAGCGCGCCAGCCACCGCUCGACCUAAUUCGGCGGUGCCAAACAUGGAAAAUGGCACCAUGUCACCGCCUCGGAACCCAUCUGCUCGCCGCAGAUCCAUCUUUUUGCCUCUCAAGGCAGCCCAGGAGCGCGAGGGCGACACAGAUCUCGAUCAGUCGUUGAGCGGUACCCCGAUCGAAGCGCAUGCGCCUCACAACCUCACUCGCGCCCGGCUGGCUGCUAAACUGUCCAAACCCAUCAAGGUAGCCAAGACCAUGGCGCGCACGCUGCAUUUGGUGUUUCCCGAACACACCAACUCGGUCGGCGUGCUAUUCGGAGGACAGCUCAUGGACUGGAUGGAAGAGGCGGCACUGCUCACUGUGCGCCAUGUUGGGCGAGGUCGUCGAUGGGGCACCGUCUCUUUGGAUGGAUUAGAGUUCGAACAGGCAGUGGCGGUGGGCGAGAGCAUGACUUUUACGGCUGUUGUGGUGCGCACGUUUGUCCAGUCGUGCGAGGUCUACGUGCUGGCUGAGGCCGAGUCGCCCAACGGUACGAAGAGGAUCACAAACGAUGCGCUGUUUACGCUCGCAUUCCCUUUGGACGAGUCGGAUGCGGUGAUCGCUUCUGUCCGAGAUGGGAGCAGAGCACGACUGUUGAGGCAGGUCGAGAUGCCCGAGCAGUCGGCGCUGGCUCAGUUUGCAGAGGUUGCCGUGAAGCGCAGGCAGACAAGGCUCGAACUCAAGCAGAUGCUCGUCAGGAUCUAUUCCAAUCCUAGCUGA